AUGGGAAAAAGUAAACACCACAAGGCAGGGACCAAGAGCCGCCCGGUCAGCACCAACGGGAAGGUGACAGACUUGCUCAACCGCGUCCGCGAGGUCCUCCAACCUGCCGCCCCACCUUCCUCGGUGGACAAGCAACUCGUAGCGCUGGCAGUCGUGGCAAAGGUACCGGAUGCGACGGCUACCCUGAACCCCAACGACCUGGGCAUCGAGACCGUCUGGGAGGAAGAGCCACCUACUACCAACCCGAUGGCCGGUUUGGACAGCCCCAUCAUCCAGCCCAAGCCGUCUGAUCCAAUCGAGACGCUCCAGGAGGACCUCGCUUCUGGAACGGACAACCCCACUUUCGGCAAUAUUAUUGACAAGGAGACGCACUCAACCUUCGAGAACGCUGGUACCAAGUUGACUCCAGGUGCCCAGCCAGGCCGCUCUCUUCCAAACAACAUAAAGCCAACCAUUUCAAUACCCCUUAAACCCACUUCAUCGGGCAGCCCUACCUCGAGUAUCGACACGGAUCCGUCGGUGAAGGUUGACAAGGCCCGUCUCGGCGACCGGCCCCUGGCUUGGAACGAACUUUGGGCUGCGUGGCCUAUUCUCAGUCUUGAGGAGAUCAAAGGAGCAAGGGAGAGCCGACAGCCGUUGGAUGUUUUCUGGUGGCGUGACUACUGGCACUUGUAUGGAUACUGCACCUCAUCUGAUGGUCUGCUAUUGAUCCACCCACCUCAACGCACGGCCUCUUAUCGCAUGUCACCGUGUCAGAUUGCCAAGCUCUGGAUGGACCGCGGGAUGCACCUCCAGAUUAUCCGGCAAAUCUAUCAGUUGCGGUGGGUAAAUGACGGGGCUCAGAGGUUCAACAACAUUCUGGAACUUGUCAAGAGUCUCGAGGAACACAAAGUCGCCCAGCGGCUCAGUCUUGUGCGGCAGACCUUGGGCAGCGGCCGGAAGAACAAGGACAAGGAGGAUUUCGUUCAAACUCUGGUCGAAUACGCCAAUGCGUUCAUGUACACGCUUCCCUGGUUCGAGGAGGCCGGCGCCCUCAACUCCGACAUAAACAACCUCAUCAAACUCCGGGGACUGUGUUUCGCUAUGAUCGCGAGGGCUGCUGGACAGUAUAGCUGUCAGCCCACCACUGACGACCGCAUCGUCAACAUCGGAUGGCUUGCGACCAAGGCAGUCCUCUGGAAUGCCCAGCGAUUCCCAGUCUCCAUCAUUACGUCUACCUGUUAG